AUGGGCCCCCAGACGCUGAACGUCACCGGCCAGUGGGUGUACGGGCACCGGCAGGGCGGCCUCCACUUCAACGCGCGCACCCGGAGCCAGCACCCGAAGGGCACCAACUGGAUGCACUUCGGAACGCGGAAGCACCGCAUCGAGAUGAAGGUGGUCUACGGCCACACGUCGACGGGCACCAGCUACCUGAACUUCCUCGUGCGGCACCUCAAGGCGACCGGCUAUCCUGUUGGAGGCCUGCUGGGGGAGGACGACCACACCGAGGCCGCGACGACGAGCAGCAACUGCAGGAAGGUGCUGGUCCUCCUCCAGGGCGCCGUGGAGGAGGGCCGCUCGGCGGCGGAGGCGAGCUGAGGCCCUGUGCCCCAGGCCCGGCCAUGCGGUCCCGCCUCGUGAGCUGGGCGUGUACUGGAACCCGCAGUGUCGCUGCUUAGUGCGCGCAGCGCCUUGGGUAGAAAGCGUAUCGUGGUGGCGUUGGUCGUCGACGUGUUGGCGGUCGUCGUCGUCGUCGUCGUUGCCGUCUCCCCUCUUCUCCUCGCUUCCUCCUUUUCCCUCGAAGCUGCCAGCCCGUGCACUCCCGUUCCCCCCCUGCUUCUCCUCCCUCCUUCGCCCCCUGUCGGGCUCCGGGGAGGUCCACUUUUUCCUGUCACCCCUAGGGUGGCUUGCUGCGGCGCAGGUCCCAAUGUCAACCCCGUGGUGGAGUUGGCCGCAGGCCAUAUCAGUCAACGCGCUCCUUUCCGCAGCACCAUCCCGCUGCCCGUUGCUCUCUUCGUUUGCACUGUGCGACU